AAAAGUAAGUGAGAAGUGAAAUUAUAAAAAAAUAUCAACAAAAAAUUUGCUCUAACGACAAAUUUAUCAUUAUAAAUGCUGAUAUUUGAUUCGAAACCCAUCGGAGCCGCAGAGAAUUAAACACCGAUGUCUUUUUCUACUUUUUUCACUAUUUCGCAACACCAAAUCCGCAUUUCCAUAUAAUAAAAAAAUAAAUGGACGGGCAAAAAUGUGUCGCAUCAAGUCUCAAAAAGCAGUAAAUAUUAAUUUACGAAUUUGUACUGUCAAUUGAUUUUUAAUAUAUACAAAAACCCCACUCAGCAUAGGUUAAAGUGUAAAAAUCAUAAGAAACCACAACAAGGAUUGUGCAGCAUAUAAAAUAAUAAUAUUAAUAAAAUAAUAAAAUAUGGCCGGCUACGAUGCAGCCGAUGAGGCCAACACAGAGCUCUUAGAGAAGCUAAAACAUUUGGAUGUGCGCGCCAAGACAGAGGAGCACAGUAAUUGCUUUAAAGUCUGCUGGAAAUCGAGUAAAUGGAAAUCGGCACUAAAUCACAUUGGAUUGUUAGUAUCACUGUCAAUCUACUGCGGCGUGGGUGGAUUGGUCUUCCGUCAACUGGAGCGUCCUGCGGAAUUGGAACGUUUACAGUAUUUGAAAGGCGUUGUGAAGACACAUCGUGAAAAAUUCAUCACUACCAUAUUAAAUAAUACAGACGUGUUAAAUUUAAAUGAGCUUAUAGCGAAAGAAUUAGCAAAAUACGAAGUGGCCGUACAGGAGGCCGCAGAGGGUGGUCUACUUAUUGAGGCCGAUAAAGACUUUCCAGAGCCCUAUGAGCGCUGGAGCAUUUUACAAGCUGUGUUCUUCUCAUCAACUGUGUUAACGACAAUAGGUUAUGGCAACAUAGUGCCCGUAACGACGGGCGGACGCGUUUUCUGCAUCUGCUUCGCUUUAAUCGGCAUUCCAUUUACGCUCACCGUCAUCGCCGAUUGGGGUCGCCUCUUUGCGACGGCCGUCUCAGUGCUGGGCAAAUAUAUGCCAAAGGUACCGAAUUUUACGAAUUUCAUUGGCAAAACGUGGAUUUAUGCCAUUUCGGCGGUUUGCUUUUUGGGCGUCUACUUGGCUGCGGGCGCUUGGUUGUUGCUGUUGUGGGAAGAUGAUUGGACCUUCUUUGAUGGUUUCUAUUUUUGUUUCAUCACAAUGACAACAAUCGGUUUUGGUGAUUUGGUGCCGAAAAAACCAAAUUAUAUGCUCCUCUGCACUUUAUACAUUCUCAUCGGUCUGGCGUUGACCUCCACCAUUAUCGAACUGGUGCGUCGGCAAUAUGCCACCAGUUGGGCCAAGUUGCAAGAACUUUCCGGUCCGAUGGCAGAGACUUUGCGGCGUCUCGGCGAAACUGCUGGUUAUGGCUUGGACUAUAUGGCCUUGCAGAAAGUGCUAACGGUCUCAAUGCCCAAAUGGAAUACGAGCGGAAAAAAAGAUAAUGCUGAUAUUGCUGCGCUGGAGGCCAUAACCAAUGCAUUGCUUAAGGAAGUCAAAGAAGCGCAAGAGAAUAAACCAAAAGUCUUGAAAAUAGUCAUUUACGAAACAUCAGUCUAGCUUUAUAUACCAUAUAUAAUAUAUAACGUUACGAAAGUAAAAUAA